AUGAUUGGUCGUCUUCGUCGUCGUAUAUGUGGACGAAGGCCUUUUUUCUUCAUAAAUUGUUGUACAAUUGCAGGUUUAUUAAUUAUUCUAAGUAUUAAUCGUGUGUUUAUAGUUAACAAGUCACCUCCACGUAAAUUAUCAAAAGACACUGGCAAUACUAAACGAGCUGAUAAUCGAGUUUGCAAUGAUUCAUCUUGUCGACCGAUUUAUUCCUAUGACGAUUUUCUGCAAUGGAAUCGGUCUUUAUGUAGUGAUCGAUCAGAUCAACGUGGACCACAUCAAAAGGUAAUCGUCCUUUCAAUCUAUGGCAGCACAUCGAAAUAUACAGACAAUCCCAUGUUCACAUGGAAUGCGAGUAUUAUUCCGUUUCUAGAACCACUCGUCAAUGAAGUUAAGCAAUUGCUUCCCACAUGGAUCAUACGUAUCUACACUGAUUUUGUUGGUAGUACACAGGCACAGCGAGAUCAUCUACUCAGUUUUGAUAAUAUCGAUGUUUGCGAUGUGAAUAACUUACCAAUGUUUGGUACAAAAGUGUUAACAUAUUUACCUGGUAAAAUGUGGCGUUUCCUACCAGUUUUCGAUCCGCUUGUUGAUUUUUGUCUUUCACGCGAUCUGGAUUCGCCAAUAACUCCACGUGAAACGGAAACUUUAGACUUAUGGGUGUCAGAUGAAUAUAUAAAUUAUAUCUUUCAUAUUUUACGUGAUCAUAAAGAACAUGGAAUACCUAUCCUAGGUGGUCUCUGGGGCGCAGCUAUUGGACGUGCUCGCCAACGUUUCUAUAAGAUAUUCCUUCCAUUGUUGGUACCAUCCACAGCGAAAAAAUAUAAUGGGACAGGUGAUCAACGAUUUCUAACUGAUUUCGUGUGGAAAAAAGUCAAAAAUAAAUCCUUAGCUUUCGAUAGUUAUUCUUGCAGACAAUUUGGUGCUCGACCAUUUCCUUCAAAGCGACCGCCGGGUAUCUGUUUUGUUGGAUGCAUUCGAGAGUGUUGCAAUAAUUCCACUGAUUACGAUAGGAAAUUUUUGCCAUCAAUUUGUCCGGUCGCAUGUCGACCGAAAGAUCAUAAAGAUUGGGAAUAUUGUUAA